AGGGAAAAGUGAAUAUUAAGCGUGGCUUGCCAAGGGAUUAAAAGGAAAAUGAGUAGCUCUGAGGAGGUAUCAUGGAUUUCCUGGUUUUGUGGACUCCGCGGUAAUGAAUUCUUCUGCGAGGUGGACGAAGAUUAUAUACAGGAUAAAUUCAACCUGACGGGUUUGAACGAACAAGUACCGAACUACCGCCAAGCACUGGAUAUGAUUUUAGAUCUCGAGCCGGAGGAUGAAAUAGACGAUAACCCUAACCAAUCGGAUCUGAUCGAACAGGCAGCAGAAAUGUUGUACGGUUUAAUACACGCUAGAUACAUUCUUACUAACCGUGGCAUAGCUCAAAUGAUAGAAAAAUAUCAGAGUGGUGACUUUGGUCACUGCCCACGUGUUUACUGUGAAAGUCAACCAAUGCUUCCACUAGGUCUGUCGGACGUACCCGGUGAGGCAAUGGUGAAAUCCUACUGUCCCAAAUGUAUCGACGUUUACACACCAAAGUCCUCUAGACAUCAUCAUACUGAUGGCGCAUAUUUCGGAACUGGAUUCCCGCACAUGCUGUUCAUGGUACAUCCUGAGUACCGUCCCAAACGUCCCGCAAAUCAAUUUGUACCACGCCUCUAUGGUUUUAAGAUUCACUCCCUAGCGUAUCAAAUCCAGCUGCAGGCUGCAGCGAACUUCAAGGCGCCGCUUCGAGGGUAAAGAGCUCAGCGAAGGGCAUCGAUAACUGAACCGCAAGCCGCCGAGACUAUAUCGAGAAGAUAGUUUGAGCCCGAUAUAGGAUCAACCCCACGAGCGGCGUGUGUGAAGAGAAAGAGAUAGAGAGAGAAACAGAAGGAGGAGAAGGCAAGCUGUUCCGAACGUGCUGCGACGGAACGCGCAGCUGGACGUCCCAUCAGACGCACCAUUUAGGACGCUUAGCGUCGUUCAAUAGUUUUGUUUUAGUUUAUAUUGAUUUUCUUUCAUUCUAACGCCACGUACCGUCGGUACAUUGCUUUUCCCACAUACUUUCCAUGGAGCGAAAGAGAGAGAGAGAAAGAGAUAUCUUUAAAUCUUGCAGUUGCAAAUCGAUUUGUAGAACACACAACAGCAAAAAUGCAUAGAGCGCCGAGUAUCCUUUGUCGUGCGUAUGCUGGUAUGUUUAGCCUGUGAGUGUACCGUGUAGAGGAUGAAAACAAAGCAGAAAAAAACAAUAAAGCAAAAACCACUUAGGAAAAUAGACGGCGAUAGAAAUGAAUAACGAAAGGUUGAACGCUAAUUCAUGAAACUAAUUUACAAAUAUCGAUAUCAUCGCACUCGCUUCAAAUUCAUUCGGCGGCUCAGCAUUGAACGUGUAUUGAUACGCAACGUUUGUGAAAAGGAUAUGUAUGCCCACUCUCUCCCUUCUCACCUCCCACCCCAAUCCACUCCCCACGUGCGGUAAAGCUUGUUAGCUGUAAUAGAAGCUGGCUGUUGCGGGUCCGAUGUCUCCUUGGAACCAUCUUAGGAGUUUAUCUCAAGCGCCGAGUAUAUAGUGUCAGGAUUAUUCAGCAUAAAUAAGGAAAUUUUCGAUGGGUCGUUUGUGUUUUAACAUGCAGGUUUUUACCGGUGGAUACUGAAGAAAUGUAAUGAAAUACUCGUUGAGUGAAAGUAGAGGCAAAAUGAUCCUGCAUAGCGAAUGUCUCAGUUAAAGCUUAAUCGUCCUUAAUCUAUCUAAUCAUGUACUAACACUAUUCAUACAUUUCAGUAACCACGAAGUUCUUUGUGAGACAAAUGAUUUAAUUGCGUUUUUAUUCUGUUCGCAGACAUCUGAUCAAUAAGUUUAUACAACAAAGACGCGUAAUUGUUCUGAUAAUUUUCUAUAUGAAUGGUCUUCGCAGGAUGCCAACUGGUUUAGACUUGUGGUUGUAGUUAAAAGACUUGUUGAUUCAUUCUAAACUCAUUCUUCGUACGCUUGUGAAACGUUUUUUUUUUUUUGAGAUAUAGAACAUCAUAAGGAAGAAAAAUAGAUCAUAGCGAUUGCGCCUAGGAGAACUUGACAUAAACUGUUAAUUUUUUUAAUGUACGCCGAACCCUUUUUUGUUUCGUAAGGAUUCGCGUCCCUGCGUGCGCAAGAAUGGCCAUAGGGAAUGAUCCUACUGGUAGGCAUAUCCAACCGGGGUACCCGUUUCAAUCCGGUGUCUGUCUACGGGAAAGUUUCCCACAACGUUCGUCCUAUUAUGUCCUCCGCAAUGGGAACAAGGUUGCAAACAACCAAGACGCGCUAGAUAAUUUUCUCGUAUUUACCGGUCAGAUAUGUUUCCAUUUAGAUAACCGUUAGUACUGAACAGAUCAAUCCGACGUGUGUUGCUGCAUUCUCCAUAAGAGCGAUCAGAGAAAUGAGUAGAAAGGCAACAGACAGCAUUCAAGUAAAAGAAGAACAAUAAUCCUGUGAGAAAAAACAUUAACAAAACAUAGAUAACAGGUGCAGAGUUACAGUUGUAAUUGCCGUCACGACCGCAAGGACACGCUGCUCCCCAAUUGCGCGUUUCGAAACGAGAUGGUAAAUCCGUCAAUCAUUCAACCACAGUCGUGUUUCGAAUCGAGUCGCCGGCCGAUAAUUGCCGAAUUACGUAGGUUUAGGAUAAUAUUUUUUAAACAUUUUAGUUGUUUCUCGCAUGUGUAGAAAAAAAGAAGAUAUACAACACUUUCACACAAUUCAAUCUUGCGGAUGAAUAAUAUUAAUCUGUUUUUGUUAUGCCUUGAACGUGGAAAAGUGGGUGAUAUAAGUUCUGCAACGAUCACUACCAUCUCAAACAUCAUGCAAGCGUCCGUUCUUCCUUUUUCAUACCGCCUCCUUAUAUAUAGAAUAAGACCCCGCGUAGUCUUGUCUAUGCUGCUGUUUUCCUCUUUGAAAUAACAUAGGGCAUUUAUUGUGAGCAGACAGAGGUAGUCAUGUUUUUUGUUUAUCUAUUUACAUUAAUAUCUAAUUAGACGAAAGCGGAAUUUGCAAUUUUUGCGUCACGAGCAGCAGCAGAGAAAGCAAAGGACGGUCGCAAAAUUAUAGAAACCAUUUCGUUCCCUUGGGGAGUCAUUAAGAGAAAAACUUCAUUACUAGAAACGAAAGCGGAACGAAGCGAACACGUAUGUAAUAAGGGUAUAUGAAGAAAAGGAAGCAGGUGGUACAUAAGCAAAGAAUUAACAACAUGAACAACAGCAACAGAUAAAACCUCCAAAUUUCUUUCUCACAGUAAACAAAUACAUUCAACAAAUGCGGCGAGCACAUUGCCACUGGACAUGGACUUGAGCGUCGUGUCACGAAAAGAAUAAAAAAGAAAGUGCUACAAAAUACAUAAACACACUACUAAACGUAUAUAUAUACAUGUAACUUAUAUAUACAUAUAGACGAAUCUAUUAAUUAAUAAUAAUUAUUAAUUAACAGAUCGAUCGCGUACAGUAAAACAGUAAAAGAAAAAUGAUUAAAAACAAAGAUAAAGAGUAGGAAGAAUUGAGGUAAACUUAACAUGGAACAUGAAAGAAAAAGGAAAAAAUACACAACAAACAUAAAACGCACGGGCAGAAAGACAAGAAGCACAGUUAGAAAGUGUGCUACUUUGGAGACGAUUGAAAUAAAAUGAAACAAAACGAAUACGGCUAGAUAAUGUA